AUGUACACCUUCGUGGUGCGGGACGAGGGCAGCAGCGUGUACGCCGAGGUGAGCCGGCUGCUGCUGGCCAGCGGGCAGUGGAAACGCCUCCGGAGGGACAACCCCCGCUUCAACCUGAUGCUGGGCGAGAGGAACCGGCUUCCCUUCGGCAGGUUGGGCCAUGAACCCGGGCUGGUGCAGCUGGUGAAUUACUACAGAGGAGCAGACAAGCUGUGCCGCAAAGCAUCUCUGGUGAAGCUAAUCAAGACCAGCCCUGAGCUGUCCGAGUCCUGCACGUGGUUCCCCGAGUCCUAUGUGAUCUACCCAACCAACUUGAAGACCCCUGUGGCUCCAGCGCAGAAUGGACUUCGCCAUCUCAUAAACAACUCCAGGACGGAUGAGAGAGAAGUCUUCCUGGCAGCCUACAGCAGGAGGCAGGAAGGCAAAGAAGGCAACGUGUGGAUUGCCAAGUCCUCAGCGGGUGCCAAAGGGGAAGGGAUCCUGAUUUCUUCAGAGGCUUCAGAACUCCUGGACUUCAUCGAUGAGCAGGGACAAGUGCACGUGAUUCAGAAAUACCUGGAGAAGCCUCUGCUUUUGGAGCCAGGGCAUCGGAAAUUCGACAUCAGGAGCUGGGUGCUGGUGGAUCAUCAAUAUAAUAUCUACCUCUACAGAGAGGGUGUCCUGCGGACCUCUUCCGAGCCGUACAACAGUGCUAAUUUCCAGGACAAAACCUGCCACUUGACCAAUCACUGCAUCCAGAAGGAGUACUCCAAAAACUACGGCCGCUACGAGGAAGGCAACGAAAUGUUCUUCGAGGAGUUCAACCAGUACCUGAUGGAGGCCCUCAACACAACACUUGAGAAUAGCAUCUUACUGCAAAUAAAACACAUUAUAAGAAGCUGCCUUAUGUGUAUAGAGCCUGCAAUCAGCACAAAGCAUCUGCACUACCAGAGCUUCCAGCUCUUUGGCUUUGACUUCAUGGUGGAUGAGGAGCUGAAAGUAUGGCUGAUAGAAGUCAAUGGGGCCCCAGCUUGUGCCCAGAAGCUGUAUGCAGAGCUCUGCCAAGGAAUUGUGGAUGUAGCCAUCUCUAGUAUUUUCCCCCUCAACGACACUGGGCAGAAGGCGAGCCAGGCAUCAUCCAUCUUUAUCAAGCUGUGAUGACCACAGGAAUGCAUCUGCUGUGCACAGGGAGAGACUGCACUCAACGAGUCAGGACAGGCCAGUGGCUUAUCUCAGUAUCAUGCCAAAAAAAAGAGUGAUAAAACAGGCUUCAUACUUUCUGGAAAAUCAUGGGGGGAAAAAAACCAAACCAAGACAACACGGAGCUGCAGUGAGCCCGAGCUGCUCAGACCUGCUCUGCCUGCAUUCACCAAAACCCACUUCAGAAAACAGCUCCUGUGACUUUGAUACCUGAAACAAAUCUCUCUGGGAGAAGAACAAAAUGACCCCAACAGGGAUACUCUAAUGCUGUAUUAGCUCCUCCUUUUCUAUAAAGAUAACAUUGGGGUUUUUUAAGGGAAUUGGGCACAGAGUAUGAUGAUCUUCCAGGACGUCGUGGCUGGGAAGUUGUCCUCCUCCCGCUGUGUUUCUUCUUUCUUCACCUACUGCGUCAUUAGUGCCUUAGCUCAGCUCCAAAUAGAUGACUCCUUUCCUUUGGUCCUGCUCUGUUACCUAGAAAGGAGUAAGCUGUCCUGUAUCACAGGAUGCCUAAAACCAGGAACACCAGGAAUUCCCUUUCCUUUGGUCAUUUUCCAAGCUGCUUGGCUGAACACCCAGGCAGCAGCUGGCAGAAGGGGACUGGACUGCAGGUGGUGAAUUAAACCCAAGCAAGGAAGGCAGUUUUAUUUCUUCAUGGCUAUCCCUUUUCCUAAUGAGAUUUGAA